AUAAAGCUACUAAUAGCUUUUAUGCACAUGAUAAACAAUUUAAUUUUGCUGCAUGCAAAAACUCAGAGAGUGGGUAAUGAUCAACCAUGAUUGUUGUUAAAAACGAUCGAUGCCAAAAGUUCAAGUUUAAAAUUAAUGGCUGCAUUAGCAGAGCCUUGCAGCUCUCUUCUCACUCUUGCAGCUACCAAUAGCUAGCGUUCUAGUGCAGAGCUAACUACUAAGUAGAGUAGCAACACUCGGUAAACAAGUUUGGCUACGUGCUCUUCUGAAAAGGCUGCAAUGGCAUUCCAAGUAAGCAAAACUAGGCAUAACUCGAGAACGAAGCAUUAUUUUGCAAAUCCAUGAAUUAAAAUCCAAGUAAACAUGACUAGAAGCCUAUAGAAACUUGCACUUGAUUCAUCCUUGAGCAGCUGUAGCAGUCUACACACACACAGACACACAAACACACUACCGUAUACCUCGCUUGCGCAUGCGCACCGAGGCAUAAUUAUGAUCAUAUGAUCGAGGAUGUCUGGUAAUACACCAGAGAUCUCACAUUACAGAUCCUUAGCUAUAUAAACAAAACAAAAAAAAACCUGGGGAACUUCCUGAAAAUAUCCCCCCUGCCACUCCACACCAAUGCACAUGCACAUACAUUCAUUGUACAAGUAUAAAUAAACGACUUGGACUUGCAAACAUGAAUACAACUUUCUCAUAUUUCAACCAAGGAACUGUCAAACAAAGCAGUAGACAUGAGAGGCUACCUCAGCUACAUUAUUGUGCUGGCAGUCAUCAUGACCUUGCAGUCAGUAAAAGCUGUUACAUUCAAUGCUCGGAAUCUGAAGUUGAAGCAGUCUCCACCAGGACCCACACUAGUGCUCGAGGGACCAAAGACAAAAAUUACACUUCGUGUCUCUUCGAACGAGUCUCAAUUCGAACAACUUUACUUGAAAGUUACACUCGGAGAAUUCCUGAUCCCGGUAAAUAAAAAAAACUCUAAUAUCACAGUCAUCUACAAUAGCUGCACAGACAGCAACAACCCCCAAUGGAGCUGCAAAGAAGUCCAAAUCACUCUUAGACAGAUGAAGGAAGGAGUAAAAUUUAAGCAAAUGUCUUUUGAUCUGUACCGUACCACUAGGUUUAAGUUAAAGUUAGUUUACCAUCUCACUGCGAUUGACUUGGCUCAACAUUCACCAACAACUCUCGGUACCACAACUAUGGCUACCACAAGUGACACUACCAGCACCAACUCUGGAAGCAACACCGAACCACUCAGAUGCUCAGGUCCUGCCACUGUAGGGAUCAUUGUUGCGUUGUCGCUGGUGAUCGUGUUCUUAAUCGGCGUUCUUGUUUUAGUGCUGUUGUGUGUGUGCUGUCGAAAGGCUGGAGGAGAGACCUAGCUAUCAAUUUGGUUGGAUUGCCACCAUCGGAAUAAGCAACUUGAUAACCCCUUCAAUAUAACAUCGUUGAGCGAUAGUGAGACUGAGAGAUUAAUUUCGGGACUGAGUUGAGAACAGAACGAAGCCCACAAGCAGUGAAGUGUUGCUACAUACGUCAUCCCUGAGGCUUAACCUAACUAUAACUAGACACGUAUAUAGCUAUAAUUAUGUAGUUACCCUGACAUACACUGAACACCUCCUUGUACAAACAUACUUUAUAAUUACCUCAAACAUAUCCUUUUCAUUGUUUAUGUGAUUGAUUAAAUGGCUUAACAAGAAACUUUGAAUGAGCUU